CCCGCGAUGCGGCGGGGACUGGGCGCGGGGGGAGGCGCGUCGCGAGGCGAGCGUCCUCCUUUUGUGCGAGCGCCGGCGGCUCGGCUUCUCGAAGGUAAACAGCGCUUCCUCUUCCUCCUCGCCGCGCCUCUUCCUUUUAUAGUUAUUUCUCGCCUGGCACUCGCCCGGGCUGCUGCUGCUGCUGCUGCUGCUGCUGCCGCCGCGGCGGGGGCAGCUCGCAAACCUGUGGCGGUGACGUGAGCCCCGCCAACCCGGAAACGGCGGCGGCGGCGGCACCGGAGGCUCCGAGGCUCCUGCGCUCCCGCGCCGCGCUCCCCUCGCCCGCCCGGGCCGCCAGGAGAAGAAACUGAGGCCUGGAAUUUGAUUAACUCACUCAAGGUUACCCAGUUGGUAAUUCAUUUGCACACCUGUUAGCAAGAAACAGAAGUUGAAGGACUGGAACAAGUGAACUAGGAAAGAGGGAACACCAAUCCAAGGAUAGAAGGACAAGGACAGAAUCACCAGCACUGGCUGAAGGUACCUUAACAUGGGGAAUCUUCUUAAAGUUUUGACAUGCACAGACCUUGAGCAGGGGCCAAAUUUUUUCCUUGAUUUUGAAAAUGCCCAGCCUACAGAGUCUGAGAAGGAAAUUUAUAAUCAGGUGAAUGUAGUAUUAAAAGAUGCAGAAGGCAUCUUGGAGGACUUGCAGUCAUACAGAGGAGCUGGCCACGAAAUACGAGAGGCAAUUCAGCAUCCAGCAGAUGAGAAGUUGCAAGAGAAGGCAUGGGGUGCAGUUGUUCCACUAGUAGGCAAAUUAAAGAAAUUUUACGAAUUUUCUCAGAGGUUAGAAGCAGCAUUAAGAGGUCUUCUGGGAGCCUUAACAAGUACCCCAUAUUCUCCCACCCAGCAUCUAGAGCGAGAGCAGGCUCUUGCUAAACAGUUUGCAGAAAUUCUUCAUUUCACACUCCGGUUUGAUGAACUCAAGAUGACAAAUCCUGCCAUACAGAAUGAUUUCAGCUAUUAUAGAAGAACAUUGAGUCGUAUGAGGAUUAACAAUGUACCGGCAGAAGGAGAAAAUGAAGUAAAUAAUGAAUUGGCAAAUCGAAUGUCUUUGUUUUAUGCUGAGGCAACUCCAAUGCUGAAAACCUUGAGUGAUGCCACAACAAAAUUUGUAUCAGAGAAUAAAAAUUUACCAAUAGAAAAUACCACAGAUUGUUUAAGCACAAUGGCUAGUGUAUGCAGAGUCAUGCUGGAAACACCGGAAUACAGAAGCAGAUUUACAAAUGAAGAGACAGUGUCAUUCUGCUUGAGGGUAAUGGUGGGUGUCAUAAUACUCUAUGACCACGUACAUCCAGUGGGAGCAUUUGCUAAAACUUCCAAAAUUGAUAUGAAAGGUUGUAUCAAAGUUCUUAAGGACCAACCUCCUAACAGUGUAGAAGGUCUUCUAAAUGCUCUCAGGUACACAACAAAACAUUUGAAUGAUGAGACUACCUCCAAGCAAAUUAAAUCCAUGCUGCAAUAACAAUUCUGGAAUAAGCACCUGCUGUAGACAGAAGACAGUAUUCUGCAGUGACUGAGAAUGCACAGUUUUUUAGUGAUUGCAAUUACUAUCUCAUUUAUUCUUGCUUUUAUUUCUUUCCUCUGUUCCUCUUCCCUCUUUUUUAAUCAUGUUCUUGUUCUUAAGACUUCUUUUCUGUGCCAAAAUCAGUAAAGUUACACUCUGAAGGGAUAUCAUCCUUUCAAACGGGCCAUCUGAGGCAGCUAAUUAUGCAUUGCAUUGGGGUCUCUACUGAGAAAAAUUCUGUGACUUGAACUAAAUAUUUUUAAAUGUGGAUUUUUUUUGAAACUAAUAUUUAAUAUUGCUUCUCCUGCAUGGCAAAACUGCCUAUUCUGCUAUUUAAAAACCCUCAAUGACUUUAUUUUCUACUGCCGCCUUUUUCAUGUGCAACCAAAAUGAAAAUGUUUAAAUUAACUGUGUUGUACAAAUGGUACCCAACACAAACUUUUUUUAAAUUAGUAAUACUUUUGUUUAAAGUUUUAAGUUUGCAUUUUGACUUUUUUUGUAAGGAUGUAUGUUGUGUGUUUAACCUUUAUUAACUAACGUUAAAAGCUGUGAUGUGUGCGUAGAAUAUUACGUAUGCAUGUUCAUGUCUAAAGAAUGGCUGUUGAUGAUAAAAUAAAAAUCAGCUUUCAUUUUUCUAA